CCCUGUCACCGCCACAAUACCCACCGAUGACGCCCCUCUGUUUGUCCGCAGCUUAAACGCCGCCCGCCUUUCUUUAAGCAAGCAUCAUUAGUUCGGAGUGACCAAGUGUGCGCUGUCUUGCGCCAGGCACACUCAUUAUGCAUCCUUGAUAACAAAGGAUCGGAUACACAGCAUUCACUCAGUCACAAUGGAUGUGCCACUCUUUGACCAUCACCUCCCCCCACCCGCUUCUAAUAGUCGAACACCAUCCUGAAUCCUGCACUCGCUUAUCUAUCGAAUCCUCCGUCGACCGUGGACUUCACAGCACCGCAGAUCCAAUCGACCAUUUGCGUCAGAUAGAUACUAGUGCUACCUACGACAGUCGCUUCGUUCUUCUGCAGACACAGCUAUAACGCUUCCGAGUCUGGUGAUCUUGUACAUUCGUUAGCCUCCUUGCGACAACCCUGUCCUGACCAUCAUGCCCGUCCACAAGAAAGGCCGGCCCCAAGUUGCCAAGAAAUUCAAACAGCGCAUGAAAGCUGGCAUCGGCCUGCCAGUUGCUCCAAGUUCUCCCGCACAAGCGCGCCGGAAGAGUGCUUUGAGGAAGCGUGAUCGGGGUGAUCCCGGAGUCGCUGCGGGCACCACCAAACAUAACCCUGCGAAGACUCAGCCCCGGACAUGGCAGCCCGCAAAGGCGGGCAAGACAACCAUUCUUCCACCGUCUUCUGACCCUUUGGAAAAGAAUUGCUUUCGUCGGGUUCCGUGCCCCACGAACUAUACUUUCGUCCCGAAGGGAGAUGUCUACAUCACUCGGCACUGUCGCAGUAAAACGAAAGAAGCCCGGCAGGUUGUCUACGUCGUCUAUGACGACAAGGGCAAGUCCACCCUCGGCCUGCGGGUCCCGUGCGAUAUCCACGAAGCCGUCCGCAGCUCCGCCGCGAACACAGCCCAAACUCGGGCCCAUGCCGUUCAAGCUCGAGAUGAGCGGGACCUGUCCAAGGCCCGACAGAUCCUCCGCACCCAAUUCCCGCUUAUGCCGGAUAAUGUGCUGGAGACGAUUGUCAAUCAUGCCUUCUUGAAAGGCGCCGGCCGCGUCGGCCGCGCCACCACCGUACCUGACAAGCGGAAAGCCAUUCUAGCUACGGAAGCCCAUAUCCGGCACACCCAGACCCCGUACGACUCGCUUCUUCAUGCGGGUCUAGCGAGGGAAGAGGCGCGCGAGGCUGUUUUUGGGCUGGUGCGAGCAAUUCGGGCUGCAUGGGAGGGCGGCGAUCCGGAGACGCUGAAGAAGGUUCUUGCUAAGCGCAACCAAGCAAAGUGAUUUUUUUCAGUGUGCUUUUCCGUUCAGCAGAGCCAAAGUCUUUGGUUUCUUUUUGUGUCUGGCUACACGUGCUUUCAUUGGUUUGCGAUCGACUAUUUCAUACCUUAUAGCUUUGGACUUUGGGGUUUGCGACACCCCGCAUAGCUGAUACCUCUGGUUGCAUGAUGUCAUUUGGUGUUAUGGGAUUUAAGAUGAGGCGUUUUAUUUUAUGAGGGUACGCUGCCUAAUUGACUAGACUCCACUACAAGCA